AUGGGAAGCUGGCAGCGUACACAAGACGAGAAGCUGACAGCGUACACCAGACAACAUGAGAAGCUUGCAGCGUACACAAGACAACAUGAGAAGCUGGCAGCGUACACCAGACAACAUGAGAAGCUGGCAGCGUACACCAGACAAGACGAGAAGCUGGCAGCGUACACAAGACAACAUGAGAAGCUGGCAGCGUACACCAGACAAGACGAGAAGCUGGCAGCGUACACCAGACAACAUGAGAAGCUGGCAGACAAACGAAGAAGAGAGACUUGCAGUAACAGGAGUCAACCCAGUGACAAGAGGGGGCAUCAGAGUGGGCGAUCAAUGGAGUACGUGAAGGCCUUGCUGCAACACGGCAAUGUGACUGGCAGCUUCAACGGCAGUUUAUACAACUUUACAGGAGCAGAGUCAAUACUGACGGCCUUCAGUCUUACCGUGGGCUUCAAUGCAUGUGUCCACAGACAGAACUUCAACGUCAUCAGCUACUCCAGCGUCGUCCUGCUGACCCUGUACCUGGCCAUCUUCCUCACGGCUCUCGCUGGUAACUUGAUGGUCAUCGUGGCUCUCAUUCUCCAGGAUCUCUCGUGGCGAGCUAAUCACGUGUACUUGUUAAACCUGGCCAUCUGUGACCUUCUGGUGACCUUGAUCUGCAUGCCGUCUACGGUCACCACGAUUAUCUAUAAACUCUGGUUGACCGGUCUGGUCAUAUGUAAACUGGCCCCGUUCCUUCAAGGAGUUGCCGUGGCAACGGGUAUCUUCACUUUAACGGCCAUGAGUGUGGACAGGUACUUGUCCAUACAACACCCAUCCCACGCGCAUUGGAGCUCGGCCCCUAGUUCUGCUGUGGUGCUGACGGUCAUCACAUGGACGACGUCAUCCGUUUUCAUGGCCCCUCAGCUGUACGUGCGCACGAUCGACACGCUGUCGCUGCCUGACCUACCGGCCAUGACCUUCUGCAUCGAGGACUGGCCGGAUGACCUUGACCGCCAGAUCUUCAGUUUUCUGCUCCUGAUGCUGGUCUACGUCAUCCCAGUACUCAUUGUUGCCGUCUGCUACGCCAACGUUGGAAAGAUGCUCUGCACUUUGUCGUUUAGGGGAGGUUCGAGUUCAGACGUCUACGUGUACAGCAGACGUCGCGCCGCGCGGAUCUUGAUCCUUUUGGUGGGGUUGUUCAUCUGCUGCUGGCUGCCAUACAAUGUCAUGUCUUUAAUCGUCGACAUUCAAGAACUCAGUAGCCUGAUGCCGUUUUUUACCAUUCGCCUUGUGGUUUGGGCAUGCGCAUAG